GUUGCAUCAUUUAAUAAUGAAUCAUCCUACUCACUAUAAAAGCUAGUCGGUAAUGUUUCUAAUGAGUAAAUAAGAAGCUUAAUUAUUUAAUAUUCAUUAAUUAGAUUUUAAUUACUUUGCUAUAAUAUUACUCAAGUUAUUAAAAAUACCACAAACUAAUGAUCAACGAUUCACAAUAUACAUAUAAAUGGGUCACGGCAUAAUUUUUAAAUCAGUUCUGUGAGUGUUUUAGCAUCGCAACUACAACAAUGAAAUCUACUAUCUUAUUCACCGUUCUGCUUGUGGUUGUGGGCGCUUUGAUGACAAGCGCGGAGACCACCGUCGAACUCCACCCCUGUGCCUGCCCCUUCAACCUGGCACCAGUCUGCGGUGAAGACGGGCAUACCUAUAGCAACUCUUGCAUGAUGAGCUGCGCCAAUGUGAAAAUAGCUUACUAUGGUCCUUGUGACAGAGUGUACUUAAAAAUACAAAACCCAUGAGUAAUCAUAUCGGAUGAAGACAGUUAAAAUGAAGAAAUUGAAUGUUAACUGAAUGAUUUAUAUUGUAAUAAAAAUAUUUUGUACAAA